CCCCCUCCCUCCGCCUCUCCGAGAAAGCGAGCGGGCGAACGCGCGGCGCGGAUUGAGCCUGUGCGGCUGCCGUCCCUCCGCGUCGCCUCUGGAGGGGAGAGGAAAGCGCUGCUGCUCGGCUCCCUCCGCUCCUCGGGAAGAAGACGCGGCGGCUUCGGGCGAGGGGGGAGCCCCGGAAGCGGCGCCUGGGAGAGAGAGAUGGCCGAUUACUGGAAAUCUCAGCCCAAGAAAUUCUGUGAUUAUUGCAAGUGCUGGAUAGCGGACAACAAGCCUAGUAUUGACUUUCAUGAACGAGGAAAAAACCAUAAGGAAAAUGUGGCGAAAAAGAUUAGUGAGAUUAAAAAGAAAAGUUUGGAAAAGGCAAGAGAAGAAGAAAAAAUGUCAAAGGAAUUUGCAGCCAUGGAGGAAGCUGCAAUGAAGGCUUAUCAGGAGGAUUUGAAAAGAAUUGGUGCUACAACAGAAUCUUUAGGUCAGAGCCCAGCACCAAAAAAACAUGAGGAAAAGAAAGAAAAGAAAGGCAAGAGAAAGAGAGAGAGAGAGAGAUCAUCAGAUGAAACAAAGGAAUGGGUGCAAGGAUUUUCUCCAGAAGGCUAUGUGUAUUACUACAACACUAUAUCAGGAGAAUCGCAGUGGGAGAAACCUGAAGGAUUUCAGGACAACCUUCAAGAACUCCAAAAGACAGCACAGUGGAUGGAAGGAACAAGUGAAGAUGGUCGCACCUAUUACUACAACACAGAAACAGGAGUAUCAGCCUGGGAGAAACCUGAUAAUUUUGUGUCUCCUUCAAAAGAGAGUCAAAAUGAAAACCAUUCUGAAGACAACCGAGAAAUGGAGUCAAAGGAAGCUGAAUCAGAUGCAGGGAAAGCAGGCAGUAAAAGUGAACUGCCAAAGCCAAAAAGAAACUUCCGGAGGAAAACAGAAAGUGAUGACGAAGUAGAGGAAAAGCCUCACAGACGCAAAAAGAUCGGUCCUUAUGGGGAAUGGCAAGAAGUGAAGCAGGAAAGCAGUGAUACAGAGGGUGGACCAGCCAUUCGGCAGGAAACCUCUCAGGCAGCAUCUCGAAGAGUCAAACCUUACGGGGAAUGGGAAGAAAUCACGGAAGAUAAAGAUCCAUAUGAAAAAGUAGACUUGGAGCUUCCCAACAUGGAAAGUGACUCUCUGCCAGUCCCAGUUCUGGAAGCCCCAGAGGAUGCCAAAGUGAUAUUUAAAGAAAAAACUGUCACUUCUCUUGGAGACACAACAGAGGGAAUACCAGUUUUCAAAAAGCGAAAAUUUGAAAAUGGAAAAUCUAGAAACAUACGACAGAGACUGAAUGAUCACUAACAGAUUAACUGUACUGCGGUGGGGUGUUUUUUCAUGGAAGAGAGAAGAGGGGGAAGAAAAUAAAAUAUUUUAAACUAUUUCUUUGAUGGAAAUGGUUGGAAAUUAGAAGCUUUUAAUUCUUCCAAGUUUAUUGGGUGUAAAUUGCAUUAUACUACUUAUUUUUGAGGUGAUACUAAUUUUGUUUGCUAAAAAAGGUUUUUUCCCCCUUUAUGCAGUCAUCUAAAUAUAUUUUUAUACAUACCUCAUCAUCUGAAUUUGUGUUUCUUGUCUUACCAUCAGUAUGUGGUAAUGGUGAGUCAUUUUCUAAGGGAAAUGGGAGUUUAGCUGCUCCAUUGCUUGUGUUCUAUUCCUUCGGUGGGUUAUCAUCAGUGAAUAGCAGAGGGGAUCCAAUUUUCAUGGUGCUUGCGUUCCAAAAUAGUAUUGUAAUUUAUAUGGUAGCUUGUCAUAAUAUUAAAUAUUGACGAACGGCAACAGAAGAUCACCUCCCCUUUGGUUUUUAAAGUUAAACAGUGAAUAUCUAACUUU